CCUAUAUUAAGGGCGACGCUGUCGACCAAAAAUACAGAAGAACUUGAAACGUUAUCGACGAUCAGCUCACGACGCCAAAGAUGGAAAUGACAAACUGGAGCCCGAGUAAGCCCCGUGAAGCAGAGGAUUGGAAUAGCGAUAAGGACGCCGACCUGUUAAGCACGCCGACGGUUAUUUUCAGAGAUAAUCGUGAAGGGACUGUCCACGGACAACAUAAGCGGAAAAGAACGGAUAGUUUUAACGACACUGCCGAUGAUGAAUUGUUGAUCGCUGCGGCUGAAAAAAUUGAAGCGGGUCUAGCGACGGCAGAAACUUCAACCGACGGCGCUCAGAGCGAACCUGAAGAACAGUUGGAAUCUACGCCGCCGGGUACUCCUACUACAGGGGUUGUGACCCCGGACCAAGGGUUCCCAGCAAGCGGUGAUCCAGCGACCACAUCCCGGGCCUUAUCGGGGCCCCUGCAGAGGACGCAAGAUUGGGAUAUUGACCAAUUAACACCUUGGCAGUGGCCGGUUGCGAGCUCCCUGGACGGCGCUGUAUCCCGGGCUGAGAGGCUGAAGGGGCUCAAGUGGGACAAAAUGAAGGCUGAAAAUGCAAGUGUACAGGCGUUCUUGAGGGAAUUUGACUUUCCAGAGCGCAUCGAUCCUCGGGACGCUCUGUUUGGCGGCAGAACUAACGCCUUGCAAUUGCACUACAAAGCAGAGGGCGACGAGCGUAUAGAUUAUUACGACUUCACGAGCCUUUAUCCCUCUGUCAACAAGUUUAAGGAGUACCCGAUGAGCAGAGAGCUCUGA